AAUAUUGUCAUUACGUUUUAACAUAUCCACGGCUUUGAGGGGCCAGCGCUUUAACUGAAUAUCUGCAUGCCUUACGCGGUCUUGCUGGAUGUGAAGAUUUGGGAGUACGUUGGUUACCUUAGGUUGCAAUAUACUUCGCUUUGUACGAUUUUUCCUUCUUAGAUUUAGUUAUUUCAUAUAUGUAGUAGUUCACUGAUUCUACCUUCGACGCUUUCCUGCUUCACGUUAUAUCGAAACAAAUGCCCGUUUAUCAAGUUAACGUAAAGUGGCAGAAGAAUAGGUACUCAAACGUGGAUUGUAAUACUGAUGAGAGUCCUGAAAUUUUCAAGGCGUCACUUUUUUCACUUACUGGUAUUCCACCCGAUCGUCAGAAAAUUAUGAUGCCCGGAGGAAUACUCGGAAACGAAAAUUAUGAUGGUAUCAAGAUAAGAAAUGGGAUCAACAUUAUGCUUGUUGGGUCUGUCGAUGAAGUACCAAUAACCGAAACUCCUUGUCUGGAGGAUCCAAAAGUUUCUCAUACUACAGAAGAUACCUUUAAACUCCCACCCGGUCUCGUGAAUCUUGGCAAUACUUGCUAUAUGAAUGCUGCUGUGCAGUUGCUUUUUUCGAUUCCGGAACUUCGUUUAGCUUUGCAAAUGUGCCGUUUUCCGAAAACCUCGCUGGAUUCUCCGAAUCUUGAUGCUUUAUGUGAAAGCUUGAAGUUUUUAUUCACGUCAUUGAGCAAAACUGAAAAACCGGUUACUCCAAUGCUCUUCUUGACUUGUUUGCACAGUGUUUGUCCACAGUUCGCCGCACGUGCAUCAUCUAAUGCAAGUAAUUCCUCUCCAAGCGCUUUGUCUAUGGCCAGUCGUGUAUUUGAGCAACAAGACGCUAGUGAAUGUUGGACAGAGCUGAUCAGAGCAUUGCAAAGUUGCAAGAUAAAUCCCGAAGUUUAUGCGUCAGGAGCGAGUUUGCCUCAAAGUUUCCUUACAACUUCGCAGUGGAAUCCUGUUGAAAGAUUUCUCACUGGUCGAUUAUCUUGCAAACUUUGUUGUACUGAAUCAGAUGAACCCGAAACAGAUAGUACGGAAACAUUUACUCAGCUUUCUUGUUUUAUGCAUCAGGAUGUGAAAUAUUUACUCACUGGUAUUCGAAAUGGACUAACCGGAAAUCUAACAAAGCAUUCGUCUUUGUUAAAUCGGAACGCUGUGUAUAAACGUGUGUCUCUCAUUAGUCGACUUCCAGCUUACUUAUGCAUUCAUUUUGUUCGUUUUUUCUACAAGGAGGAUAAACAGAUUAAUGCAAAGAUAUUAAAGGAUGUAAAAUUUCCUCUAACAUUGGAUAUGCAUGAAUUUUGUACUCCGGAUUUGCAACAGAAAUUACUACCUAUGCGGGAAAAACAGCGCCUCAAAGAAGAAGACGAAGUUUCCAAUCCCCUGAAAAAUAAACCAGAUUAUAUACGACCAGACCCAUUCCAAAAUCCUGAUCUCUACGAACCUAACUAUUUUGCGGAUGAUCCUGGUUCAAAUAAUUCUGGAUACUACGAAUUACAAGGCGUGUUAAGCCACCAGGGUAGGACGAGUACCAGUGGACAUUAUGUUGCUUGGGUGAAAAAACAGGGGAGAUGGUUUAAAUUUGAUGAUGAUCGCGUCAGUCAAGUGACAUCUGAAGAUAUUUUGCGCUUAUCUGGAGGUGGCGAUUGGCAUUGUGCAUACAUACUGCUAUAUGGUUCUCGUUUUGUAGAAAAAAAACCUUGUUAA